ACAUGGCUGCUCGGUGUGUGCUGAGAAGGUGGUGCUCUACCGCUGCGCAAAGCAAGGGCACCCGGUGGGAGAGGUUGCAAAACAAACGAAUCGUUGUGUGGUGUCGCAGCUUGCUCGGCGAUUACAAAGAAGCGUGCCGUGAGGUGGUGGUCGGCUCAUGGGAGCGCCCGUUCAAAGCCUCCGCCUACAUCGGACUCCUGGGAGGGCUUUGGGCCUGUUACUACACCAACCCCGACGACACCUCCUUCGAGACCUCCCUCCUGGAGGCCGCCAAUCAGCUGGGGCUGCUGUCUCCGUGGAUACGCAACGGGACGUCGGACGGCCACGUCCAGAGCCUGGUGCGGCUCAGGAAUGAGGGGAGGCUGCGGUACGCCAGCCUGGGCGUGGCGUCGCUGGCGUACCGCGCGGACUACGACCCCGCGGUCACCCUGUACGAGGCCCGCUGCUCCUUCCUGUCCGUGCCCUGGAGGGAGCUGCCCGACCGCGUGCUGGACGUGGGCUUCGCCGGGCGCUGGUGGGUCCUGGACGCCAAGAUGAAGGACUACGACGUGAACGAGGAGGAGUUCCAGCGCCUGCCCCCCGCGCUGGCCGCCACGGCGCCCCCCUCCGCCCAGGAGACAGAGAAGAACGAGAGGCUACACGAGGAGUCGUGGAAGCCGCUGAUCAUGAGUCAGGAGGUCAUUGACCAGGCGGAGAGUGAGAGCGCAGGGCAGGACACACAGACACAGACAGAUGUACAGACAGAGACAAAAGGCACCGUCGUGACAGAGUGAUGGACAUACAGCCAUACACACACACACACUCAAGCCUGUCUCUGGAGAACAUUAGUGGGGAGUUCUGUGUGAGAGAGACAGCACCUGUCAUCAUGUCUGCCCCCUCAGCUCAGAACAUCUCUAUUUUUUCAGCACAAAACUCUGGACUAAAGCCUUGCUUUAGUAGGUCUCUGAUCUGCUUUGACAAUGAUUGUCUCUAGGGGUUCACCAGCUACUGAGACACACUUUGUACUGUGGCUGAGACAUUGCUGUUAACAGUCCUGAAUUAGAUAUAAAAUAUAAAGUGCAUAAAUAUGUGUGUGUGUCUAUAUAUAUAUACACACACACACACACACAAGAGUGAGAGAAGGAAACCUUGCUGUUUUACUGAUGGAACUUGAAAAAAUGUCUUCAUUGUACCUGACUGUAUUUGUAUACCAGCCUGCCAGGCUGGUGACGUCUCCAAUGCAGUGUGUGAUCGUAAUUA